UUCCCUCGCUAGCCCCGCCCUCCUCGCGCUUCCUUCCGGACUCUGGAGCUCCGCCUCCGUGGCGCGCGCUCACAAGUCUCCGCUACUGCGCACGCUCACCGAGGUCGGCCGACCUCCUAACGAGCCAUCUAGCGGCGCGUGCGCAGACUCUCUGGAUUUCUGGUGGUGGUUUCCCGGGAUGGGGAUAGGCUGGCAGCGGGCGGAUCGUGACCCGAGUAGGGAAAGCCCUUUGAGGCUCUUGGUCUGCGCGUGUAGACACUCUAGUGCCUCAAAACUUGGGAUACGUCUUUGUCAGGCGAGAAUCUCCUGUCUUACUAACUGUCAGUGCUUGACCAAAAGUGUUUUGGAGUGUAGCUCUGAAGUAGAAACAGCACCUGGCAAGGCUUCAGCCACUGGCUUGUGUGAGCCACUGACUGAGCAAAAGGACCUAUGUUGGGCGACCUCCUACCCAUAUUCAGAAGUUUAUCUAUGCGGGUUUGCAUGUAACGUAGCACAUGCUGGCCUUGAACUCACCAUGUUGCCAAACCUUAACAAGUUUCUGGGAUUACAGGCUGCCACCUCAGCUUUGAGUAGAUCUAUGGGAGAGGCCAGGCUGCCUCUGCAGCUGUCUGCUGAUAUCUCCGUUCUUCAUGGGCUUGUAAUGCCUGUCCUCAGACCAUCUCCACACUUCCUAGGUGACCCCCACCAUCAAGCAGGGCUGCAGGGCAUCACAGAAAACGCCAGCAAGAUGGACGGUCCCAUUAAUGUCUCACUGGUUCACGGGGAUUCCACGCUGGGUCUGCCAGAGUACAAGGUGGUCUCAGUCUUCCUAGUGCUCCUAGUGUGCACUACGGGCAUUGUGGGCAAUGCCAUGGUGGUCCUGGUGGUGCUGACCUCACGAGACAUGCACACGCCCACCAACUGCUACCUGGUCAGCUUAGCUCUAGCUGACCUAAUUGUGCUGGUGGCUGCGGGGCUGCCCAAUGUCUCUGACAGCCUGGUAGGGCACUGGAUCUAUGGACAUGCUGGCUGCUUGGGUAUCACCUACUUCCAGUAUCUAGGCAUCAAUGUCUCCUCCUGCUCCAUCCUGGCAUUUACUGUGGAGAGGUAUAUCGCCAUUUGCCACCCAAUGAAAGCACAGACUGUGUGUACCGUGGCCCGGGCCAAACGGAUCAUCGCAGGCAUUUGGGGGGUUACAUCCCUCUAUUGCCUACUCUGGUUCUUCUUGGUGGACCUCAACAUCCAUGACAAUCAGCGCCUGGAAUGUGGCUACAAGGUGUCCAGAGGCCUCUACCUGCCCAUCUACCUGCUGGAUUUUGCUGUCUUCUUCAUCGCACCCUUGCUGGUGACCAUUGUGCUGUAUGGGUUCAUUGGGAGGAUCUUAUUUCAGAGCCCAUUGUCCCAGGAGGCCUGGCAAAAGGCAAGACACCCCGAUGGGCAGGGCGAGGGUGCACCAGGCAGCUGCUCUAGGUCCAAGAGCUCCACGUCCUCCCGGAAGCAGGCCACCAGGAUGCUGGCAGUGGUUGUGUUCCUUUUUGCAGUGCUGUGGACCCCCUACCGCACACUGGUGCUGCUCAACUCUUUCUUGGCCCAGCCUUUUCUGGACCCCUGGGUCCUGCUAUUCUGCCGCACCUGUGUCUAUACCAACAGUGCCAUCAACCCUGUCAUCUACAGUCUUAUGUCCCAGAAGUUCCGGGCAGCCUUCCUGAAGCUGUGCUGGUGCAAGGCAGCCGGGCCACAGAGGCGUGCAGCAUGCGUCACUGCCAGCAGCUACAGUGAUGUCCAGGAGACCCCACGAGGACCUGAGAAGAUGCAGCUGGGCUCUGACGAGGUCUCACAUCCCUCAGCAGCUGGGUCCCUGCAUUGCCAGCAAGAGCCCCAUUUCAGUGUGCUGUGAGGACCCCUGCCUGGCCCCUGGCUCCACUCUCUGUGUUGACUGGCUCACUGGUCUGGUUGAUAACUGCUCUGAGCCCUGGUGGAGCGCCAGGAGAGGGACAGAUAGCUCAUUGUUUAUGAGUCAUCAGAGGUCCCUUUACCAUGAAGGAGGACACUGGAAUGUCCUCAGCUGGGUCCUGUGUGAGUAGUUCUCCACUCUGAGUGAGGCUGGUGGGAACAGGGAGGGGGCUGGAGGCUGGAGGUUCAGUCUCACCCCCCUGUAUGCUCAAAACUUUUCAUCUGUUUUCACUCAGUACUUUGUAUCUUUUGGAGUUUAUUUUGAAGGAAUGUCCUUCCAAGCUUUGAUCACUUCUGCCCCUUGGUGAAUCCAUGUGUACAGGUUUCACAUGUGGUCACUGGACAGUGAGGGUUACAUAGGAUGGGUGUCCCACCCAGUCACACUGGAAUCCAGGGCUGUUCCAUGAUGCUCAUCACUGGCCCCGGUUCCCCUUCCAGUCUUCCGUUACAGUGGGAAGCCCUGUAAGAGAACCCGCCAAGCAAGCUCACCCACCACAGAUGUUCUUGAAGGACACCAUUUGUCUUCAGAACCAGCACCAAGAAACCACCUCUACCUCCUUGGCCCCAGAUGUGCAAGCUUGGCUCUCUGGACCCACUCUGCCAGCUGCUGUCCCGCAUGCUAUGUCUCAAGAGAUGUCAGAAAAAGCCUUGGCUGGGAGUCAGUCCCAUCACUGCCUACAGGACUGGUGGCUGAGUCUGAGGACAGCAGGCCUCCAUUCCCUACACUGUAAAUGGGAUCAGUGACCCUAACUUGGUCCUGGGACCCCAAAGCUGAGAGACACAGUAGCAAACAUGUUUCAACAAGCAAGGGUGGCCACUCUGUGACUGGAGACCUCAAUAAGACAAGAAUUGGGGGAUGCGUGUUGUGUGUGUGUGUGUGUGUCUCUGUGUGUGUGUAGAGUAUGUAGUUGGACCAGGUGUGGUCCUAGUGACUCAUUCUGCUCUGGGGACCUGGGGUACUCCAAAAUAGAUGUGGCUUUUUUAGGGGCUCUGAUUGCUGAGUCUGAUCUGGUGGGGUAGGACAUUUAGAGACUCAGGGAGAUGAAAGGGCCUUACUGGGGGAAAGCCAACACAAUGGUUGGGGGCCACCCAGGGCAUCUGGAGCCCUGCCUGAGGCCUCCCCUUGCCAUGGCCUCCAGCCUGAGAGGCAUGGGUUCUCUAGAAGCUCACACCAAGUUUGCUGCCCCAGGGCAGGACUUGCUCCGCCCUCUUCCUGAGCCAGCUGUUCCUGCCAUCCUUUGAGUCCCUUUACCCUGUGUCUUAAGACCAUGAUGCCCUUUCUUACCACACCCAUGUGACAUGCAGGUGUCCCCUAGAUGAUGUGGCCAGACAAACAUGAUUCCCAGCUCUAUUCUGUCUCCUGCACCAUUGUCUGAGAUCAGAGCUUAUGUUCACUGCAAGAAGUCAAAUGAGGGAACAAACAUGGAGGGAUGGCAGGUCAGGUCCAGCCAUGGUCUCCCAUGCUGCCCGGUCUGCCUGUGUGAGCUGCAGUCACUGCACAGCCCAGAUGUGUGACCUCUUUCUAUGACUAUGGCCUGUACAAAACCUUGCUGGCAUCAGACACACCAAACUCACCGUUCCUAGUUAACUGCUCCCUUGAAACGCAGCAUUGUCACCAGCCUGGCUGCAUGGCAUCUGUUGCAGGGUGGAACAGCCAUCGCCUCCCGUCACUACAGCUCACACUGGCCUGCACUUGAGUUAAGCCCACGAUGCUGACAGCAGGUGGUGGGAUCCGCAGGUGUGGCCAAUGCCUGCUGACUCAACUCUGUACACUGUCCUUACCCCCAUGCCUCCCAAUGGCACCUGAGCACUGCCUCUGGCCCUUCCUGAAAACCUCUCUCCCCUAGUGUCACAGCAAGAGUUGGGCCCUUAAUGCUUGUACCACCUCAGGAAAGAAUUCAAGCAGCUCAUGAAUAGUAGUAGCAGAAGCUAAACCGAGCUGCGAUCCCAGGCCCAGUGAAAUUUCACCGAAAGAAUGGAAAGCAGUCUAGACAGGAGUCAUGAGGAGGGCAUUUCCAUUGUCCUAAACUUUUUCCUCCCAACCCUAAGGUGAAGUUCUGAAAUUUGAAAACCCCAAGAGCCACGUGACUUGCUGUACAUUGCACAUGUCUCUGACUAGAAGUUACCUGCAAAGUCCAUCAGGGGUCAGAGUGGCAAUGCCGAUGACAUAGCUUAGAGGGCUGCAGUUCACUGGGGAUAGGGUCUGUCUGGUUGAAUCUAGUUCUUUCCUUGUUGUAUGCAUCAGAGGCAGUUGAAACAUCCUUACUCAUGAAGCUGUAAGUAUAAAAUGCUACAAUCCCAGAAUCCUGAAUGUUAACUCCUUGUCCACUCUUGUCUAGCUAAUCACUAACGUCACUGUGAUUACGUACUUAAUGUCACUGUGCAUGGGGAAAGAACAGAGUUCCCAUCAUCUCCAAGUAUGGGCAGAGCCACUGGCCAUCAGUCUGUUGAUGCCUAGUGCUGUGAUUAAAUGCAUGUGUGCCACCAUCACUCAUCUCUUUUGUAGAGCAUGAGAUCAGUGGCCACUCCCACUCUUGGCUUGGAAUGCUUUGUUUGGCACAAUUGCUGGUUGAUUGGUGAGUGCUGCCUAGGUGUAUGGUGUCCUAUUAUACUGGGUUUUCUCUGUUAAGUAAUGACCUCAGCUCUGAUAUGGGAUGAAGCGGGCCAGCAGCCCCAGGAUUGCACUCGUCAUGUUUUUUGUUUUGUUUUGGUUUUUUGAAACAGGAUUUCUCUGUGUAACUUUGGAGCCUGUCCUGGCACUCGCUCUGUAGACCAGGCUGGCCUUGAACUCACAGAGAUCCACUUGCCUCUGUCUCCCGAGUGCUGGGAUUAAAGGCAUGUGCCCCAGGGUUGCACUGGUCUUAUAAAGAAUGUGUAGGUGUUUGGCCACUGUGGCCUCCUGCCUCAGAAACAGGCUGCCCAGGAUAUACUGAACACCCUGGAGAAUAAAAACAUGGAGUAGACUUCAAGGGUCUAAUUGGCCCUGAAUCAGAGUUUGCUUUAUGCUCACAGCAAGAGCUCUGUCCUGGGAGGCAGCUGAGAACCCAUGAAUGGAAAGACUGCAGAGAAGGAUACGGGAGACGUGAGCCUUCUUCAAGACUGCCUAAUGACACACUGACAUUUAUAACUAUAUGUUUGCUCAUGUGUAAUAUAAAGUCUUUUACA